CGGGGCGGGGCGCGGCGGGGCGGGCGGUGACCAGCGGCGGCAGCGGACGGGCCAUGCGGGGGCCGUGCUCCGGGCUCUGCCCGCUCUUCAUCCUCAUCAUCCUCCUCCUUCUCCUCCCGCUCCUCCCGGCGGCCGCCGCCACCCCGGCCCGGACGUGUGUCCCCCGGGGGCUGCGCCGCGGGCCGCUCCCGGCACCAGCUAGCCCCGACGGGACCGAGGAGCCCGACGUUGACGUUGGGGUGCAGAAGGAUGGGGGCCCCGCACCACCUGGGGUGGCCAGGGUGCUCGCUGUACCCCCCCGGGGUGCUGCUGGCCGGCCAGACCCUGCCCCACUUCUUGCGCGGAGCAGGCGCUCCCCCCAGGAGCACCGUGGGGCUCGUGCCGCUCCCAGGAGGCAGAAGCGGGACUGGGUGAUCCCCCCCAUCAAGGUUCCUGAAAACGAGAGGGGCCCCUUCCCCAAAAAGCUAGUUCAGAUCAAAUCCAACCGGGACAGGGACACCAAGAUCUUCUACAGCAUCACGGGGCAGGGGGCAGACGCCCCCCCUGAGGGCAUCUUCACCAUAGAGAAGGAGUCAGGCUGGAUGAAGGUGACGCAGCCGCUGGACCGGGAGCGCAUCGAUAAGUAUCACCUCUUCUCCCAUGCCGUGUCUGAGAAUGGCAAACCGGUGGAGGAGCCGAUGGAGAUUAUAGUCACGGUGACAGACCAAAAUGACAACAAGCCCCAGUUCACACAGGAGAUCUUCAGGGGCUCCGUGCCAGAGGGCGCUUUGCCGGGCACCUCUGUGAUGCAGGUGACCGCCACGGAUGCGGAUGACGCAGUGGAGACCUACAACGGUGUCAUCGCCUACUCCAUCCUCAGCCAGGAGCCACGGGAGCCACAUCCCCACAUGUUCACUGUCAACAGGGCCACCGGCGCCCUCAGCGUCAUCGCCAGUGGCCUUGACCGGGAGCGUGUGCGGGAGUACACGCUGACAGUGCAGGCGGCUGACCUGGAUGGCGACGGGCUGACCACGACAGCACUGGCAGUGAUCGAGAUCGCAGACAUCAAUGACAACGCCCCUGAAUUUGACCCUAAAACGUACGAGGCGGCCGUGCCGGAGAACGAGGCUGGGCGGGAGGUGGCCCGGCUGGCUGCCACUGACCUGGAUGAGCCGAACACGCCGGCGUGGCGAGCCAUCUACUCCAUCCUGCGCGGCAAUGAGGGAGGUGUCUUCACCAUCACCACGGACCCCACCAGCAAUGAGGGUGUCCUCCGCACCAUCAAGGGUCUGAACUAUGAGGCCAAGAAGCAGUUUGUGCUCCACGUGGUUGUGGCCAACGAGGCCCCCUUUGCCGUGAAGCUGCCUACAGCCACCGCCACGGUGACUGUCAACGUGGAGGAUGUCAACGAGGCACCUGUCUUCGAUCCGCUGGUGCAGCUUGCCCAGGUGCCCGAGGACGUGCCGCCAGGGCAGACCCUUGCCUCCUGCAUGGCCCAGGACCCUGACAAAGGCCAGGGGCAAAGGAUCAAGUACCUGGUGGGGCAUGACCCGGCGGGCUGGCUGACCGUGCACCCUGAGAACGGCCUCGUGAUGGCACGGGACCACCUGGACCGCGAGUCCCCCUUCACCAAGAACAGCACCUACACCGCCAUACUGCUGGCCGUGGACGAUGGCUUGCCACCCGCCACAGGCACCGGCACCCUGCUCCUCACCCUGCUGGACGUCAAUGACCACGGCCCCGAGGCCGAGCCCCGGGACAUCACCGUCUGCAACCGCAGCCCCCAGCCCCAGGUCCUCACCAUCACCGACCGGGACCUGCCCCCCAACACCAGCCCCUUUCGUGCCGAGCUCACCCAUGGCUCUGGGGACAGCUGGGCUGCGGAGGUCGGUGGCGAAGGUGACACAGUCACCCUGCGGCUAGUGGCACCGCUGGAGCCAGAUCUCUACAGUGUCUACCUGCGGCUCCUGGACCGGCCGGGCAAAGCCCAGCUCACAGUCAUCACCGCGCGGGUCUGUGACUGUGAGGGGCCAACACAGAGCUGUCCCCAGAGAUCCCAGCCUGCCACUGGCCUGCCCUUCGUCCUUGCUGCCCUGGGCGCUCUCCUGGCCUUGCUGCUCAUGCUGCUGCUGCUGCUGCUCUUCAUGAGGAGGAGGAAGGUGACGAAGGAGCCGCUGCUGCUGCCCGAGGAUGACACACGGGACAAUGUCUUUUACUAUGGAGAGGAGGGUGGCGGGGAGGAGGACCAGGACUACGACCUGCGACAGCUGCACCGGGGCCUGGACGCCCGCCCCGAGGUGCUGCUCCGCAAUGACGUGGCCCCCACCCUCCUGCCGGCCCCCCAGUACCGGCCCCGACCCGCCAACCCCGAUGACAUCGGCACCUUCAUCGAGGAGAACCUGAAGGCGGCAGACACGGACCCCACGGCCCCCCCCUACGACUCCCUGCUGGUGUUUGACUACGAGGGCAGCGGCUCAGAGGCCACCUCGCUCAGCUCCCUCAACUCCUCUGCCUCCGACCGCGACCAGGACUACGACUACCUCAACGACUGGGGCAGCCGCUUCAGGAAGCUGGCAGACCUCUACGGCGGCGGGGAGGACGACGACUAGGACCCCUCUCCCCCCUGCCCCAUGCCUUACCGCUGCCUGUGCCUUGGGGCUGCCCCGUCCUGCUGUGCCCCCUCCCCAGCGGCAGCCCCCUCGCCUUCCUCUCUGUUUUUCUUCUUUUUUUUUUUUUAUUUUUAUUUUUUAAAUGUAUGAAAUAAAGGUAGUGUGAUGCUA